AUGUGUCGUACUGUCGUAUAGUUGUCGAAAAUUCUUUCAUUUAUGGCUCCGGUUUGAAGUUUUUUUGAGUUUUGUCUUGCGUUUCAUUUUGUGCGAAGUUGAUUCGGCAAGAUGCAAAUUUUUGUUAAAACCCUUACGGGUAAAACAAUUACUCUCGAGGUUGAGUCAUCAGAUUCUAUUGAAAAUGUAAAAUCUAAAAUUCAAGAUAAAGAAGGCAUUCCUCCGGAUCAACAACGUCUUAUUUUUGCUGGUAAGCAAUUGGAAGAUGGGCGCACGCUAUCUGAUUACAAUAUACAGAAAGAGUCAACACUUCACUUAGUACUUCGUUUAAGAGGUGGUGCUAAGAAACGUAAGAAGAAAAAUUAUUCCACUCCAAAAAAAAUCAAACAUAAGAAGAGGAAGAUCAAGUUAGGAAUUCUUAAGUUCUAUAAGGUUGACGAAAAUGGAAAAGUGCAUAGAUUAAGAAAAGAAUGUGCUGCUGAAAACUGUGGACCUGGAGUAUUCAUGGCUGAAAUGCCCAACAGAUUCUACUGUGGAAAGUGUAGUUCUACCAUACCUAAAUAAAUUGUAUUUUAAUUUUUAAGUACAAUACAGUUUAUUUUGAAAAGUCUUGCAUUUUUCUUUGACAAUAUUUUAAUAUUAUAUUAAAUUAUAAUUAUUAAAUAUUAGGUUUUCCAAUUCACAUAAUGUGUACAGUCUUAUUGCAUACAAAUAUUAAGUAACAUUUUUCUUUAAAUUAAGCAAAUAAUAACUACAGUAUUUGAGUAACUAGCAUACAUGAUAAAAGUAAAUUAAAUCUUAACAUACAUAAAAUGUAUACAUAGUAUUUAACAUGAUAUAUACAAUAAUAUUUGGUUUCCGCUGAUUUUUCAUCUAUACCUUCAAUAAAACAAAGAAUUAAAGGCUAAAAACAUA